AUGACGGAACGUGCAACACCACACCAAGUCCUAGUGCACACAACAACACGAAGUACUUACGACACCGCUGUUACCCCUCAACAAGGUAGAUCUUACGACACCGCUGUUACCCCUCAACAGCGAUAUGAGGCUAGAUCUUACGACACCCCUCAACACCGAUAUGAGGGUCUUACCUCCCAAUACCCUCAUUCUCAUGAGGGUAGAGUUACUCACUAUUCUGACAAAACUCCAUCAACCUCUCAAGUGCUUGCCGUCAUUGCUGGCCUUCCUGUAGGUGGCAUACUGCUUGCACUCGCUGGACUCUCUCUUCUCGGAACACUCACGGGACUGGCGCUCACAACCCCGCUUUUCAUCCUCUUCAGUCCUAUACUUGUUCCGGCCACCAUUAUCAUUGGGUUGGCUGUCGCCGGUUUUUUGACGUCCGGAGCUUUUGGGCUGACGGCUCUUUCUUCCUUCUCAUGGGUCGUGAAUUACAUCCGGCAGACUCAAGGGACUGUGCCCGAGCAACUCGAGUCCGCCAAGUAUCAUUUGGCGGACAUGGCAAGUUACGUGGGCCAGAAGACGAAGGAAGCAGGCCAGAAGACGAAGGAAGUUGGACAAGAGAUACAGUCAAAGGCUCAGGAAUCCAAGCAGGAUAUACAGGCAAAGGCUCAGGAAUCCAAGCGAACAUCAACAACUACUACGGGAGCAACAGGGACAACAGCAGCAGCAUGA